CUGCUCAUCCAUGAGGUUUCUUGAGUUGUGGAAUCAGAAUCAGGCCCAUAUAAUCACCUCACAAUGCUUACUUCGGUUGUUGCAGCUGUUUUGUCGGCGGCGGCCGCUGCGUCGGCGUGCGUUCCACCAACCGAGCCUCUCUCCAACAAUAUCCCCGAGGGAUUCGGUAUCCAGAUUCAGAAUGCUUCGGUUCCCGUUAUUCACAACCGAUACAUCAACCUUUGGUCGGCGGGCGGUGGCGAUCAGCACCUCUACCUCAGCCCAGCUGGAGAUUCUGCGUUCAACUUGACUCUCGUGAACGGCGUUAUCUCCCGGGGUAUCAUCCACGCAGUCAUCAAUGGAGAGUACACCGCAGAUGACAACACUACCAAGAUGUUCAUGACGCAGCGUGGAGACCCUAAAGCCUUCUUUCAACCAGUCUAUGGAUGCAACCCGGACACGGAUGCCGUUCAGAUCGAAUUGGACUUUGUAUCCAGGGCCUCCUUGCCUGGCGGUUUCAUUUGCUUCCGAAGCGCAUCAGGAGAGAGACAUGAGGCCAGGUAUUCUCCUCCUGGAAACACUGUCUUCAGGGCGGACCGCCCUUGUUUUGAGGUCACGUUGGCUGUUGUUCCCGUUCCUACGGCCUGAAAUGAAUUCAGUUGCCCGAGGGCGAAGGACUUCAAUUUUGGCUCGCAGGUGUAGGCAUCCAUAGGCUUCUGGAAUUUGCAAAAGAUUCAUUUUAUAAUUGUACAACCCGUGUCUCACAGUUGCCAACAAUGAUAUAUAGGUUAGUCUCAGCAAAUUCACCAAAGUGGGGGUUUCUGUAGCUUCUGCAAAGCUCGCGGCUACACAUCCCUCUGUAAUUAAGUUAUUGUAC